GAAAAAAGUGAAUGAGUUAAACAACAUGAACUGGAGCGGAUAAGUGUUGUAAGAGAUCGCAUUGUGACACAUCUUUGUGUUCUUUAAUAGAAAAAUGUCGGUUCACGAGUUUUUGGAUGUGUUAAAUCAAUCAAUUCGGCAAAAAGAUACCAAUAUACUUGCACAGUGUUUUGUAUUCUCAAAUUCUAGUUCCUUUUAUGAGGAGUUGUCUUCAAAAUUCCCACAGGAUCCUAAAGGUAAAAGUAAACUCAAGGGUGAAAUACAAAAAAGUUUUGGAAAAAUACGAGGUUGGAAGGAAUCCGUCCUAUCAUAUCUGGAUUUUGUGCAGAAAGCUGUUUCGGGAGACCCUAUAUCUUGUUGGUCUUCUUUACAAGCUGUUUAUGUGAAUUUGACGACUUGUUUCGCACACCUCGAUGGAGCAUGGUUAGCACCUAUUAUUAAAUCAGUGUCAACUUUUUAUGUGAAUUUAUCCAUUCAUUUAGACAAAAUAUCUCCUCAAAAUGCUGGUGCAUUGGAUACGAAUGGAUUUCUUGAACGCAACUUUAUAAGUGAGGCCUCUCGAAAUGUUCAACGAGCAUUCAAUGUGAUUUUGAGCGACCGACAACCCAGCAUAAGUCCUUCUAAAAAAGACGCUAUUUUCUCUAUUUCGAAUCUUCUAUAUAAACUGUAUUUCCGUCUAAAGCAGAUUCGACUUUGCCAGACAAUCCAAGCCAACGUCUUGUCUUCUGGCGUUUCCAUUAACCAAGCUACCAGUGCAGAAAUUGUUACUUUCCGUUAUUAUCUUGGCCGUUGUCAUCUUUUCCAGCACAAAAUCCAUCAAGCGAAAACACAUCUGAGGAGCGCUUUUCUCAAUUGUCCAGAUGAGUCUUAUAAACAAAAGAGAUUAAUUUUAAUUUAUUUGACAACGUGUGGUCUUAUACUUGGCAAAUUACCCAAGUGGCAUUAUUUAGAAAAAUAUGGCUUAAUACCGAUAUUCCAACCUUUAAUAGAAAGUUUGAAGAGAGGUGAUCUCCGCUCCUUUCAGCUUUCUUUGGAAGAUGUUUCCAGGAGGAAUUGGUUUAUAAGGCACGGUAUAUAUUUGACCUUACAUGAUCGUUGUGAAAUUGUAAUCUGGAGAAACUUGUUUCGUAAAGUCUUCUUUUUGACAUAUCAGAAUGCCCAUAAAACCCCCCAUGUGAACGGGCAGUUUUUAUUAACAGCGGCGCUUCUUAGCAUGCAAGAUGAUACGUUUGAUAUUGAUGAUGUGGAAUGUAUAUGUAUAUCUUUAAUUGAUCAAGGAUACAUCAAAGGUUAUAUGAUUCAUUCAUCGGCUACGCUUGUUUUGAAGAAAGACGCAGCCUUCGGAUUUGCUCCAAUAGAAAGUGUUAUGCCGAUUGUCGGCAAAGAUAGAAACGAAGAGGAGUUUUUCCAAAAAAAAUAAAAAAGUUUCUCAUUUUUACUGUA